AUGACUGCAUUUGAAGUAGCAGCUAAUGAUGAUGUUCGUCAACUUUUCAUCCGACUUGGUGGUGGAUCGAAUCGAUUCUGUAAUGAUGAUAAUUGCAACAAUCAAAAACAACUUUUGAUAGUUAUCAAUAGCAAUGAACAAGACAGCGACAAUAACAAGGAUGAUGAUGAGGAUACAUCACCAAGAAAAUGGAUUGAUUUAGUAGCGGAUGAGAGUUACAUUCAAGGGCUAAUAAUGACUAAAGUUCUUGGAAAAUAUUUAUUUAGUUCACCAUUAGCUCGAUCAAUUACAUUUGCUACGUUCAACCACAUGCUUCAUGAUCAAUUCUCACCAUAUGAAAACGAGGCAUCCGUAAGAGAUUUUUUACAACAUCUGAUUGAUACACAUGUUACUCGUAAUCAUCCUCAAUAUUACAAAGCAUGUGAACUGGUAAACAAAUUCGCUCGAACAAAACGGAUUGAACCAUUGCUACGUCUCUACACACUUGAAACACCCUUGUAUCAUCAAUUACACUAUGAAUCAGAUGCAUGGCUCCUUCCACUUAUCUGUCACUUUGCCAAUUUAAAAUCACGCUUCUUUCAAGGUACAUCCUAUCGUGGUUUAUCAAUGAAAUAUCAAGAAUUAAAAGACUAUCGAUCGGCAUGCGGAAAAACAUCGUGUAUCAUUCGAACAAACACAUUUUGUUCAACAUCCACUGAUCGUCAUGUUGCCGAAAGUUUUUUAAAUGUUGACUCUGAGAGUGAUCUGAUCCAUACUCUAAUGAUUUUUGAAUUUCCUUUUCAAUGUGAUACUGCUAUUCAACUCUAUGCUAUUUCUGACAAAUAUCCGUGUUUGUCUGAUUUUGAAGAUGAAAAAGAAGUCUUAUUGUUACCACAAACAUUAUUCCAUGUUAAACGUAUUGAUAAUGAUGAUACACAGCAUUAUGCAACGAUUUGGCUCGAAUACGUACCGCCAGAACAGCAUCCAUUACGAGCUUAUAUCCGAUCUAUCUCUAGAACUAUUCGAAAUCGAUGA